CAUAAGUUGCAAAUUUUAAAUUGCGAAUAAAAACGUUGCUUUGCAGUUCAGAAAAUAUGUGAAUUAUUGUCAAAUUGUAAAGUAAAAGAGUAAAGAUGGCGCGUAAUUAUAUAAUUCCCGAAUCUAGUGAUGACGAAGAUUUUCAACCCAGCCCAGAUAAAGGGAAGAAAGUGCCGGCGACGAGAAAGAAUAAUAAUCUUGAAAAAGAACUUUUUGACGACGAAAGUGAUAACGAACAAUCGGUGAAAACGAGCAGAAAACGGCCGCUGAGAAGUCGGAAAACGGAGGCUAAAAAACGGAAAAGUGGGAGCGGUUCCGAAUUUGAACCGGAAAGUGACGAUGACGUCGAUGACGAAGAAAGUUCUGGCGAAAAAUCGGAAAAUCUGACAGACGAUGCCAUUUCCGAUUCGGACUUUAAUCCAUCGGACGAAGAGCUGUCAAAAACAAUAGAUCUGAGCAGUGAUAACGAAAGCCCAGUCGGUAAGAAGGACAAAACACAAACGUUUGAUCCAAAUUCUAAAGAAUUUUGGAACAAAGUUGAAGAGUUGAAAAAUAAAGGAUUUUCUAUUCAACAAACCUCUUCUCUUCCACAGAAAGGUGUUGGAGCACGGACCCGGGCACCGCCGGUCAUCCCCAGCGGGCCGGUCAACGGCAAAAUAUCUGCCUUUACCCAACUAAUGUGA